GGCUCAAAUCAAAGACAUUAGGGAGUGCAUAGGCACCUCAAAUCCAAGAAAAGGAGCACAAUAAUUCAUCAUUUUUUUAUUCUACCCACAUUCUGACAGCAAAAAAAUGGAGAAAGAAAGGAGCACCCCAAUUGCAGUCGCCGCCCCUAGAUCGAGGUCUCUGGUAGUCGCCUUCCCCUCAGCUACCGGAAUCUGCCACCGCCGCUACUCAGACCCGUCGACGCCGUUGCUCAAACCCGCCGCCGCCGAUGCUCAGACCCGCCGACGCCGCUACAAAGAUUUGUCGUCAUCCCGGCCACUUCCGAAACUUGUGCGCCUCCGUCACCAGAUGGUUGUUUUUUGGUCUCGCCGCGGCCGAAGCUGUGAGCCACCACGCCAGAAAAAAUCAAUCCUCGAUAGAAGCCAAUCAUCGCCGCCGACUCUACUACGGGCUAAUAUCCGUAGCCAUUGGUCUUAAAAUCUACCCUUGCCAUGAAUCCGUUAUGGAAGUCCACCCCUGUGGUGGAUGGAAGCAAUUCAUCGCCGCCACUUUGCUCGAGGCAAACGGGCUAUGCUUGUCGAGAGCACUAUUGACGUCCGCCAUCACCGAUCUCAAUUUUGAAACCCUCGAUUGAUAGUGCAAAGAUUCGCCCAUCACUGCUGCAACCAAGUUUACUUCCUUCUAGGAGGAGGCGCUGGUUGUUGCUUGGUAAGGAUUAUAUUUGCCGCUGCGAUGAUUGCGGUCGGAUCCAUUACAUCGCUGGAGGGCCAAGUUCACCGCUAAGUUCUGCUGCCAUUGAAAUUCGUGGCUGCCAUGGAGUCCCCCACCCUCGUAAACCAUCAAGGAAGCAGAAGGCAGUAUCUGGCUUCACAUCCGCACCCUGCCUCACCCAUCGUCGCUCGUCGCCCUUCACAAGGUUUUGUCGAUCGCUAUACCCCACUCAGGAUAGUGAUUGAAAUUUUGCUUUGCAAAGAAAAGAUGUGGUAGGAAUUGUGCAGUUUGGGCCCAUCCACAAAAAAUAGGGUGUACUAUGCCUAUUUUGAGGGAAAAGUCACAUGGGAAGGAUGGGGCAAAGAGAUGGGAAGAAAUCCACCAAAAAAUAGAAUCUGGCGGGCCACCAUAUAUGUCCUUCACUUCCAAUUUGAGACAUAUGCACAAAGCCAAAAGUACGAAGUUGGGAGGAUGGUUUGUGGUGUGAAUAUCUUUGAUAAUGAAAAGUUGCCCCCACCAAAGAAAUGAACAGUGCAUAA